GACCGUUGCAAAGCAAUUGUCUGAAUAAGGAAGCUACAAAUUUUGACAGGAUACUGCUUAAAUAACCUACAUGUAAAUAUGAGCGUCCCAGAUUACAUGCAGUGUGCUGAGGACCACCAGACAGUACUGGUGGUGGUCCAGCCCGUUGGCAUAGUACCUGAGGACCAGUUCUUCAAGAUUUACAAACGCAUUGCCAGCGUGAGCCAGGUGAGCAUCAGAGAUUCCCAGCGCCUUCUGUACAUCCGGUACCGUCACCACUACCUGUCUGAAAACAACGAGUGGGGAGACUUCCAGACGCACCGCAAAGUGGUGGGCCUCAUCUCCAUCACCACCUGCAACUCAGCUAAAGAGUGGCCCCAAACUGCAGAGCGCUUCCAUGGCCAAAAGGAGGUGUACAGCUCCACGCUGUACGACUCGCGGUUGCUUGUGUUUGGGCUGCAGGGAGAGAUUGCAGAGCAGCAGCGCACGGAUGUGGCCUUCUAUCCCAGCUUUGAAGACUGCAGUGAUGUAGAGAAAAGAGUGGAAGACUUUGUGGAGUCCAUUUUUAUUGUUCUGGAGUCCAAGAGACUAGACCGAGCCACGGACAAGUCAGGUGACAAGAUCCCUCUGCUCUGUGUGCCCUUUGAGAAGAAGGAUUUUGUGGGUUUGGACACAGAUAGCAGGCAUUAUAAGAAGCGUUGCCAGGGACGGAUGAGGAAGCAUGUUGGAGACUUGUGUCUCCAGGCUAACAUGCUGCAGGAUGCCCUGGUCCACUACCACAUGGCUGUGGAGCUGCUCAGGGGGGUCAAUGACUUCCUCUGGCUUGGUGCUGCAUUGGAGGGUUUGUGUUCAGCUUCUGUUAUAUUCCACUACCCUGGAGGCACAGCAGGGAAGACUCUGGGACGAAAACCAAGCAUCUCUCAGCCAGCAGAUGCAGGGAAACGCCACAGACCAGGGGCUCAGGAGGUUCUCAUUGAUCCAGGUGCCCUCACAGCCAACGGCAUCAGUGCAGACACCAGCACUGAGAUUGGAAGAGCAAAGAACUGCCUGAGUCCUGAGGACAUUAUCGAGAAGUACAAAGAGGCCAUCUCCUACUAUGGAAAGUAUAAGAACGCAGGUGUGAUCGAGCUGGAGGCUUGUGUGAAAGCGGUGAGGGUGCUGGCCAUUCAGAAAAGGGCAAGGGAGGCCUCCGAGUUCCUGCAGAAUGCUGUUUACAUCAACCUGGGCCAGCUUUCAGAGGAGGAGAAGAUCCAACGCUACAGUAUCCUGUCUGAGCUCUAUGAACUGAUUGGCUUCCAUCGCAAGUCUGCAUUUUUUAAGCGUGUUGCUGCCAUGCAGUGUGUGGCUCCAACAAUCCCGGAGCCUGGCUGGAGGGCAUGCUACAAGCUGCUGCUGGAGACGCUACCUGGAUACAGCCUGUCACUGGAUCCCAAGGACUUCAGCAAAGGUACACACCGAGGCUGGGCUGCUGUUCAGAUGCGCCUCCUGCAUGAACUGGUGUAUGCAUCCCGUCGCAUGGGUAACCCUGCCCUUUCUGUUCGCCACCUGUCCUUCCUGCUGCAGACCAUGCUGGACUUCCUAUCCGAUCAAGAAAAGAAAGAAGUGACCCAGAGUCUGGAGAAUUAUACCUCCAAGUGUCCAGGUGGAAUGGAGGUCAUCACCCUACCUGAUGGACUGAAGCUCCCUCCUGUGCCCUUCACAAAGCUCCCCAUCGUUCGAUCAGUCAAGCUCCUCAAUCUGCCCGUCAGUCUGCGUCCUCACAAAGUGAAAGGCAUGCUGGGACAGAAUAUGUCCACUGCCAGCCCCUUUAUCUACUCCCCAAUCAUCAUGCACAACAGAGGAGAGGAGCGCUGUAAGAAGAUUGACUUCCAGUGGGUCCAAGGAGACGUUUGUGAAGUGCAGCUCAUGGUCUACAACCCCAUGCCUUACGAACUUCGUGUUGAGAACAUGGGUUUGCUGACCUCUGGGGUGGAGUUUGAAUCGCUGCCUGCUGCCCUGUCCUUGCCUGCAGAGUCUGGCCUUUAUCCCGUCACUCUGGUUGGUGUCCCACGCACAGCUGGCAACAUAACUAUCAAUGGUUACCACACUGCAGUGUUUGGAGUAACUAGUGACUGCCUGCUGGAGGGCCUGCCUGGAGUGAAGACCAGCGGCUGUUUGGUGGAGGUCAUUCCUUCCUUGCCUCGUCUCCAGCUCAGCACAUCACUGCCACGGUCAGCCCAUACGCCCCAGCCGAUGGCCAAAGAGGAGCUGUCCAGCACUGUGUCCGUCCAGCUAUUCAACGGAGAGACCCAGCAGCUGACCAUCACCCUGGAGAACAUCGGAUCUGAGAACAUUGAGACUUUAGAGCUCACUUCAAAGAUUGUCACCACCAAAGAGAAAGUGUUUGGAGAGUUCCUGAGCUGGGACCUAGAGGAUGCUUUGACCCACAUGCCUCUGAAGCCAGGUCAUGCUGUGACACUGACCGUCAACAUUAAAGUCAAACUGGACUUCUCUGGUCAGGAGAACCUGCUGCAGGACCUCAAUGAUGAUGGGAUCAGUGUUACCGGCCUGCCAAUCUCCAGUCCGCUGCGCCAAGUCCUGAAACCCCGGGCCGAGAACAAGCCUGUGAGCAGUGAGUCGGGCAAAGCCGAGUACAGCCACAUUAAGACUUUGGAAGCAGUGCUGAACUUCAAAUACUCAGGAGGAGCAGGGAAAGUCGAGGGGUACUAUAGGGAGCUGUCUUUGGGCAUCCAUGUUGAUGUCGAGCCAUCUGUUUUCUUCACCAGGGUCAGCACCCUCCCUGCAACCAGCACCCGGCAGUGUCAUCUACUCCUCGACAUUUUCAACCCUACAGAGCACGAGCUCACUGUCAGUGCCAAGAACAACCAGGACCUGGUUCUCCAUGCCAGCGAGUGCCAGAGGAUGGCCAUCCAGGUUGACAAGUUUGACUUUGAGAGUCUGCCACAGCCAGACCAAGAGACUGCACGCUUCACAAACCCCAAACAGCUGGAGGAGGAGCGACAGCAUGCCCAAGGCUGCCAGAUCAACAGCAAACUGGGCAUUUGUUGGAGCAUCCCUUCUCUGCAACGGCGUGGAGAGGCCAGUGUGGAGGGAGUCCUGAACCAGCUGGUCCUGGAGCACCUGCAGCUAGCUCCUUUGCAGUGGGAUGUGUUGGUGAACGGGAAGCCGUGUGACUGUGAUGUCAUUGCUGACUGUAAAGUGGGUGAUGCCGUGAACCUGGAGGUGAAACUGACCAAUCUGAGCAAGAACCCCGUAGGCCCCCUGGCUCUGACCGUGGUGCCGUAUCAAGACUUCCAAAAUGGAGUCCAGAACUACGAUUUGGAGGACGCGGUCACGUUCAUCGGCUCCAACACUUUCUACAUUGACACGGUUAAACCUAAAGAAAACUCUGUCUGCGUGGGCGCCCUGCUCUUCCUCUACACCGGAGAUUUCUACCUUAAUAUCAAGUUCCAGGAUGACAGUGCUGGACGGGAGCUUCCUCUGGCCUGGUUCACUCUACCCAGCGUCCACAUCAGAGCCAUGGAUACUCCACUCCAGGCUGGAGCCUGAGUGCCUGCUGGCCUCAUCAUUUUGGCUCUAAAUGAAGGAUUUAGGGAUUUGGCAGUUUAGUUCCCUGUAAAUACAAACGUGUAAAUACUAAUGUGUUAGUCAUAGCAUCUUUGCUGUAGAGUGGAACAGGAUUGAAGAUGUUCCCUGAAACACACAAAGGUAGUCUGUUACCAUUCAGAGGUGUGCAGGUUUGUCAAGACAUAACAAAGCAGAUGUUCAUUUUGGUUAAAAAUACAGGGAUGUUUUCAUACCUGAAGCAUGUUAGUUUUGUUCCUAAUUAGGUGAUAAACUGUUGCAUCGUUUUCCUGGGUCUUUCUGUCUUCACAGUGCAAUGUUGUAAACAAAAGCAAACACCAGCAAAGGGCUGUCCUUAUGCCACUGUGUCACAACCUCUUUUUUUCCAAUGCAUGUGUGAACAAAUGCCACUUUGCAUUGUGAGAUUACUCCAAUAUGCUACUUUGCUAGUUAACGUACAAGCAAAAUGAAUUGUGGGUUAAGAGGUAAAAUGUUUUACAACUACUAUUUACUUUUGAGAGGAUGAGCAUAUUUAUCAAACAUUUGACGCUAAGAAGAUACAGAAGUCAACAAACCUGUUAAUCAACACAGGAACUAGAGGGGCUUUCAACACUCCAUCAGGGUGAUGGUUUGACGUUUGCCCAAGCUGAAUGAUUUUAAGUGACGUUUUUCUCAAAUUUUUCUUUUAGUUUUCAUUAAAGACAUAUCUGAUUAGCUCAUUUUGAUAAUAAGAUUUCAAAACAAACAAAUAGACAUUCAUGAAAACUCGUCCACCGUAGACUGUAAGACUGUAAUAUUGGACAACGUCUGAAUGACAUCGGCCUUUGGCUAUUGAAAGGGGUCUGUGAGUCCAGUCCAUUGCAGCAACCAUAUUAAAAAACUAACACUAGAUCAGUUUAGUAGCAAAAUAACAAAGGGGAGUUGAGGCAGGUCUUAAAUUCUGCCAGCCUGGAGUUAAUAUCAGCAUAAACUAACAUCCUUACUUAAACCGAAGUGGUAAAGUUAUAACAAUAAAAUAAGAAAAACUCACGUCACAUCCAUGUUUUUUGUGAGGUAAAGUUUUCUGGUGCCUCCUCAACCAUUUUCAAGUGGACACUUGAUAAACUAAAUUUUUUUCACUUACGUAUUGGCCUCAGUUUUCAACAUCUGAGGAUGCUGCUUCGGUUAUUAGUACAGCACUCUGAUACAGGUGGCAAAAGGUCACCAGUUAACAUGGUUACUCUUUAAAUCAUAACAGCUAUUAGCAGUGGCAAGUCACCAAAUCUCUGACAGCAGCAUUUUAAAGUAGAAGACAAAUUUUUCAAAUUUGGAGUUCUAAUGAUGAAAAGGUUUGAAGAGUUGGGCAUAAUUAAGCAAAUUGUUGAACCUGUUGAUAUUGUCGAGUCCUGAAGUGUGCUGAUGAUUGGAGUGGGUAACAUUAACUUUUGGGUAUUUUUAUACUACUUAGAGCCCAGGCACUGAAAGUGAUGGACCCUGUUGCAAUUAAAGUGGUUACUAUUACUAUUAGCGGAUUAUUAUUUGUUAACAAAAUGUGCCUAGUAGCCAUGUUAAUGUGACUGCUGCUGCUGCUUUAGCUGAUUAUACCACUGCUGGAGUUUGAUGAGUUAAUUGCUGCUUGGUCAAUUGCAUUCGUACUGCAGCCAAACCAUUUCUUGGUUUGAAUAGAGGCAAGCCAGGACCACCUCUUCCCGGCAUGCUUGUCUUGCUCUGCAUCAGAGUGCAACUGCUGUGUUCACGUAAGUCGAUAGAAGUCAUGCCAGAGGAAAUUCCCCCUUAUGUGCCAGUGUCUAUGGCCUCUGUUUUUUUGCAUGGGCACUGCUGAAAAACUUUGUGUCAGAGCGCUUCUCAUCGACAUUUAUUCUUACUACAGGUCAAAUUAGUUGACUUCUGCUUUUCUUGGAAACUUUAUGAGUAAGAUUGAGGCAGAUGCCUUUGCUGUUGGCAGGGCUGGUAUAAUAAGUCCCAUCCCUUCUUUAGUUUGAUUGGGCAGUGACAGAGAAGUGACAUUGACGUGUGCGUGGCUAUUCCAAAAGCUGAACUGUUUUAAACUGCGAGUCAAAUGAGCAUGGCAACUAAUGCUGUUGGAGUUUUCCCUCUCAGGAUGCUCAGUCUUAAAUACACUGGUUUUGUUUGUAAAUUAGCACUGCCAGCUCAAAAACUGUGGAUACAGGCCCUAAUAUGGAACAUCCUCUUCAAACAAUCCAGGUUUGAAAACACACCCAAACAUUUUAAUGCAGAGAUGAGAAGAAAGGAAAAUCCGAACAUCAAAACUAGAAUGUGUAGUAUCUGAUAUCAGUCAGAUUGAGAAAUCUGUCUGUACAUAGCUUUUUAUUGCUUCAGAUGUCUGUAUGCUGGGUUUACAAAGUGAUUUAACAAGAAUGACAAGUAGAUAUGUAAAAAAUGGGAAGAAAAUUAAAACAUCCAACCUACCUACUAUUAAUCACUGUGAUAAUGAGACUCAUCCUUGGAGGAAAACCCCUUGCUUUGUGCUUUUAUUAUUAGUCAAACUCUGACAUAUGAAAUCAUACUACUGACCAAAUGGAAACUUCUGUAAAAAUCUAGAUCUUUGGUCAUAGCACCAUUUAUUCUGCUGAUUAUUUUGUAACCUUACAUUUAAAAUGACAAAAAAUCUACUCCAAGAAAAUGACAGGGCUUAGCAUCACAUAAUUACAGAGCCAUUGUUGCAGAAAAAGGGGUUGCAUACUAACACUGGAAGAUUAUGAUUGGCCUGAAUAUAAAUUGUAUUUAUUUUCACUGCUGUAUGGACGUUUUGUCUCCACCACACUGAAUUACUGAUCAAUAUGGCUGUCUCAAAGUAGACUUUUAUUAUGUGUAACAUGCAUAAUUGUUGUAAAUAAAUGGCAAA